ACCUCUUGCACCCUGACCCCUGCGCACUCGUCGGUCAGCACCUGCGCCAGCUGCACGCCUCUGUCCGCCGCCGCACGCCCUCUGCCGUUCCUGUCGCGCCGCCUGCUGCACCUGCGCUGCGCCUCGCCCCGCCCCGCCCGCCACGAUGCCGCGCGAAGGCGCCGAGCAGACCAUCAACGUGCCCUCCGAUGACCCGGCGCGCAAGCCGGACAAGGAGGGCGAGCAGCACGAGCCGCGCGACGCCGCCGCCGACGACAAGCAGGCCGGCGCCGCCGACAAGAAGCAGGCCAAGAAGGAGGACGAGCUGAGCGAGGAGGAUGUGCAGCUCAAGAACGAGCUCGAGAUGCUCGUCGAGCGCCUCAAGGAGGACGACAAGUCAUUGCAUCGUCCGGCGCUCGAGUCGCUGCGCACGCUCAUCCGCACCAGCACGUCGAGCAUGACGUCGGUGCCGAAGCCACUCAAGUUCCUGCGCCCGCACUACCCUGCGCUGCGCGACAUCUACGCCAUCUGGAGCUCGUCGUCGGACAAGGCUCUCUUCGCCGAGAUCCUCUCUGUGCUCGCCAUGACGUACUCCGACACGGGCAAGCGUGAGACGCUUGCCUUCCGCCUCGCUGCCUCGAAGGUCGGCGAGGCAGAGGAGCCGGGGCUGUGGGGCCACGAGUACAUGCGCCACCUCUCGUCCGAGCUCGGAGAGGAGUACACGUCGCGGCAGCUGGAAGAUGACGAUGCAGCGACGGAGGAGCGGGCAACGACGGAGGAACUGCUCGAGCUUGCCCUCAAGGUGGUGCCGUUCAGCCUCAAGCACAACGCAGAGGCCGAUGCGGUCGACCUGCUGCUCGAGCUCGAGGCCAUCGACCGGCUGCCGCAGUUCGUGGACAAGGACACGUACCAGCGGACAUGUCUGUACAUGGUCAGCUGCGUCAACCUGCUCGUGCCCCCGGAUGACGUGCUCUUCCUGCGGACUGCGCACGAGAUCUACCGCAAGCACGACCGGUAUUCCGAGGCCAUGACGAUCGCGCUGCGUCUCGGCGACCGCGCCCUGAUCCGUGCCGACUUCGAGGCGCCGACGAACCCGCUGAUGCGCAAGCAGCUCGCCUUCAUGCUGGCGCGCCAGCAGGUGCCGGUCGAGUGGCUGCAGGACGAGGACGAGCCGAUGUCGGACUUCUCCCUCGUCGAGUGCAUCUCGAAUGCGCACCUCUCUGCGAACUUCAUCUCGUUUGGCAAGGAGCUGAGCGUCGACGAGCCCAAGUCGCUGGAGGACAUCUACAAGUCGCACCUCGAGAACUCGAGCAGCUCGCUGAGCACUGCCGUCAACUCUGCGCGUGGCAACCUUGCCUCGACGUUCGUGAAUGCCUUUGUCAACGCCGGCUUCGGCAACGACAAGCUCAUGGUCGGCGCCGAGGAGGGCAACAGCUGGAUCUACAAGAACAAGGACCACGGCAUGCUGAGCGCUUCGGCGAGUCUCGGCAUGAGUCUGCUGUGGGACACCGAGGUGGGCCUGGGCCACAUCGACAAGUACACGUACUCUGUCGAUGAGAACAUCAAGGCCGGCGCACUGAUGGCGUACGGCAUUCUGCACUCUAGCGUGCGGACAGAGAUGGACGCAGCCCUUGCGCUGCUCACCGAGCACGUCGAGAGCGAGAGCCUGGCGCUGAAGACGUCGGCCAUUGUCGGCAUCGGCAUUGCGUACGCGGGCUCGUGCCGGGAAGACAUUGUGCCUCUGCUGCUGCAGCACGUCGCAGACGAGAGCGCGCCGAUGCAGGUGGCUGCGCUCUCGGCUCUCGCGCUCGGCCAAAUCUUCGUCGGCUCUUCGCACGGCGAGAUUGUGCCGACGAUUCUGCAGACGAUGAUGGAGCGCGAGGCCACGCAGCUCGACGACAAGUGGGCGCGCUUCAUGAGUCUCGGUCUGGCACUGCUCUUCCUCGGCCAGCAGGACUCGAGCGACGCGACGAUCGAGACGCUCAGGGCCAUCGAGCACCCCAUCUCCAAGCAGAGUCAGGUGCUCGUCGACAUGUGCAGCUACGCAGGCACUGGCAACGUGCUGAAGAUCCAGCAGAUGCUGCACGACUGCACGGAGCACCUCGGCGUCGACGCCAAGGAUGCCGACGACGAGGCAGACGAGACGGACGCGGCUGCGGCGGACGCCGCCGCCGGCGCUGGCGAGGGCGCCAAGGAGGCUGCCGCUCCCACCGCAGAGGGCAGCAGUGACGACAAGGAGAAGGAGAAGGAGAAGCCGAACGACCUCUUCCAGGCCUUUGCGGUCAUCGGCAUUGCGAUCGUGGCGAUGGGCGAGGACGUCGGAGCCGAGAUGGUGCUGCGGCACAUGUCGCACCUCAUGCACUACGGCGAGCCCGUCAUCCGGCGCGCCGUGCCGCUGGCGCUCGGCCUGCUCAACCCGUCGACGCCAGAGAUGGCGCUGCUCGACACGCUCUCCAAGUACUCGCACGACAACGACCUCGACGUCGCCAUCAACUCCAUCCUCGCCAUGGGCCUCGUCGGCGCCGGCACGAAUAACGCACGUCUCGCGCAGAUGCUGCGCCAGCUGGCCGGCUACUACCACAAGGAGCCCGACAGCCUGUUCAUGGUGCGCGUCGCGCAGGGCCUCGUGCACAUGGGCAAGGGUACCAUCGGCCUCAACCCGUACCACACCGACCGCCAGCUCAUGAGCCGCACGGCCGUGUGUGGUCUGCUCUCGACACUCGUGUCAUUCACCGACGUGCGCGGCUUUGUGCUGGACAAGUCGCACUGGAUGCUGUACUGGCUCGUCUCGGCCAUGUACCCGCGCUUCCUCAUCACGCUCGACGCCGAGCUCAAGCCGCUGCCCGUCUCGGUCCGCGUCGGCAAGGCCGUCGACGUCGUGGGCCAGGCCGGCAAGCCGCGCGGCAUCUCAGGCUUCCAGACACACACCACACCCGUGCGCAUGGGCGUCGGCGAGCGUGCCGAGCUCGCCACGCAGGAGUACUUCACGCUUGGGCUGCUGGAGGGUGUCGCUGUGCUCGCGAAGAACGAAAACUACUCAGCGGACGACUGAGCGCGCGCAGGGAGAUAGAAAGCGGCAGACGAAGCGCAAUGAUCACG